AUGCAGGAGAACAGCCGAAAGCCGAUUCAGACACCACUGGCAAAUAUUGGACAUACGACAAAUCCAAAUGAAGAAACCAUCUAUUACCGGCCAAGUGAAAGAAGUCAGAUUGGCCCUGCAGAAGUUCAGGUUGCUGGUCCAUCCACAACAAUUCCAAUAUCAGAAGAUCAUACUGAACAUUUGCCAUGGUGUGAUGACAUGAAAGAAAGGUUGAUUUCUGAGUUUCGUACGCGAGAAUGUCUUUGGAAUCCAAGUGAUGUGAGUUACCGAAACCUUCGUGUUAAGAAGCAGGCAAUUGCCGAAGUGGCGGCAAAACUGAGCUCUGCUUUUGGCAGCACUGUAUCAGAAAAUGAGGUACACCGCCAAUGGAAUAUGCUAAGAGACCAGUAUCGUCGCGCGAAAAGAACCGGGAAAUUCCAGUGGCGUUUUUCCACUUUGUUGAACUUCUUGAACUUUGCUGAACUACGCAAAGGGAACUACAACUAUAUGGAAACUUCGAUGGUAUUCUUGCCAUCGUGUGGCAUGAAGCUUCACGAUGAUGGGAAUAAUGACAAUGGCACUUCAUUGGCCAGAUACAAGUUGGAAAACGGGAUGGAAGCAACGAAAAGUGAUUCUGAAGGGUGCCGAGAAGUGGAACCAACUGAUGGAACUGUGUUGGAUGAAGGUAUCAAGCUUGCUGAAGGCGACAGAACAUCUGAGUCUCAAAGUGAGGAGAAGUUCUACUCAAUGUCACGAAAACGUCCGGCUAGUGGGGAUCAGAACUUCGAUGCUGAUGCAUUCCGUUCAAUGGAUCAGUAUCAGCUGAUGGCGUCGCGUGGCACUCUGACCAAGCCAACUACUGAAGACAGAUUCACAUUCUUUGAAGUUAGCUCAGUUCAUCGGGUAGUUUGGAAUCGAAAGCUUGAGAAGAUUUUUCGUCGUCGCUUUGAGAUUGAAUUGCCACUUGGUUUUAUGGUUGAGACGAUAGUAGAUAGUGGAGUGUACGGGAAUCCAAAGCGCUGCAUUUCGCGAGAAGCUUUUAUUAAGAUAAUCAUAGGCCUAAAUUGUCGUAGCAGUUUUAUUGGUUUGACACCAGAAAUUCCUGUACCUUGCUUCAUUGCAGGACGCAUGGUUGAGACCAAACUUCGAAUGGUUUACGGAGAGUCGCGAGAAGACGCAGUUAGACUGGAGCGUAAAAUAUCGGAUGCUAUAUUUGAGAAGGAAUUAGAAAUUCUGGGCAAGAACCGUUGUUUUAACUGA